AUGUGGUCGGUCUUCUUUGUCUUUCUGUCUUAUCUGGACAGAAAUUUUGUCAUGGGCGACUUCCUGAGCCGCGCUUUGGACGCAGAGAAGGAGAGUAAAGAAAUGUUCUUCAUGCUCAACGGCACCUUGUGCGCAAAAAUGUCAACCGUGAGGGAGAAUUUCCUCUACCAGGUGUCAGACGGAGCUGAGGCUGUCCGCUCAUUCGUCAGCCCCACAGGGAAGCUCAUAAACUGCUCCAUCACUGUCAACCAAGUGCAGGUGAAAUCGUUCGUGCAUGAGUGCAGGAUGGGACAGAAAGAGCAGAGAACCGAGCAGCGAGUGGAUACGCGCUUUACGCACAUGGAGGAAGCUAAACUGGCGUGCAGGGAGUUCAGAGAAAGGUCUUUGCGCACCGGAAAGUUGGAGAUGGAAGAGAGCAAUGACUCAGCGCUGCGGGACAAGGUUUUAAAGAGAUCCAAGAGAGGAUUCACUUAUCCCGGGACCCUGUGGUGUGGAGCUGGAAACAUGGCUGACCAUUAUGAGCAGUUGGGUAGGUUAAGUAAUUUCAUUAUAUUCCUGCAGAUUAAGUUAACCUUAUGUGUUUUUGGUGAGUGUGUGCCCAAUACCAAGCGGUGUCUGACCUCCGUGUUGCAGGAGAGUUUGCAGAGACGGACAGCUGCUGCCGUGUCCAUGACCACUGCCCGCAUGUCAUCCACGCUUUCUCCUCAAAAUACGGCCACACGAACUUCAAGUGGCACUCUAUCUGCCACUGUGACUGUGACACUGCGUGAGUUAAAAAAACAUGAUGCAUCCUCACAUUAUCACCCAUGUGCGUAAAACACAAGAUUUCCAGCUAAUGUUCAACCACAUUUAACCCUUAAAAGUUAGAAACAAACAUUACAGCAUGCUGAACAGAGAAAAGUUAUCCAAUUUCAUAGAUUUGUAAUGUCAAGCAUUGGCCCAUUGAACUGUUUUUGAAGAAAAUGAAAGACAAAAUACUUUCUGGAUGAAGUGAAAGAUCACAUUUCAGGACCCUGCCCUCAACAUAAGACUUGAAGCUCAAUCCAAAGAUGUUGAGUAUGCUACUUUUUUUUUCAGAGGCUCAUAAAAGUAUCACAUCUCAUGCAAGGUGUUAGGCAUCAGCAUUACUUGACAUAAUAAAUACUUCAGAUUUAGUCUGUGACAGCAAGCUUCAGUUAAAUCUUCUCACAAGAUCCUCUUUUUCCUGAUAUCUGUGUUGCGAUCAGAUGUUGUACUUGAGAGUGAAAGGCUCUCUCUUCUAGGAAAUAUCGGGAUAUAGGCCAGUCAAAAAGGUCGAUGGAGGCAAAAUACUAAACUACAGUAACUGCAAAACUGAGUGAUGAGUCAAUAUAGCUGUAAAAAAUAACAUAUAACCAGACCACAAGGACAUCCUUGUAGACCCCUAACAGAUCCUUACAUUACUUGAUAGUCAUGUAUCUGAAUCUUGACCAGAUACAGCCAAACAGCUACAUCGCUCACUAACAGCAGGGAACUUCUAGAUAGAUAGAUAGAUAGAUAAGUACUUUAUUAAUCCCAGUCAAGAAAUUUAGGGGUCAUGUCACUCACAGACUCAUACACAGUACACUAACAAAGACAACGACAACAAACAACAACAAAUGCACCUCUGCAGACCAGCCAAGUAGAAUAAAACCAGUAUAAAAGUGCAGUAAAUGCAGUAGUGCUAGCAGUCCAGUAUGUAUAUAGUGCUGAGGUGCACAGGUCCUCGACCACAGCAGCAUUCAAACAUGGUAAAUAUCUUGAAUCUGUUUUUGUAGAGACUCUUUUUACAGGUCAAACUUCCACCUCCUGAAAGACCAUCUGCAUUUUCGAUGAUUUUUUAUAUUAUCUCUUGUCUCCUUUGCAGGUUGAGAGAUUGUCUGAGGAGGGUCAACGACACGUCCUCCAGGGUAGUUGGUCAGGCAUUCUUUAACGUCAUCGGCGUGCCGUGCUUUGACUUUGCCUAUGAAGAGCAGUGUGCUGAGCGGCACUGGUAUGGCAUGUGAGUAUCAGUGGACCCCUGUGCUGAACUUUUAAGUAGAUUUGCAGCACAUUGAGCUGUACGACUUUCUGUAACUGCCUCCCUCUCGUUUAGGUGUAGACGAUACGAGAAGCUUCCAGUUGCUGUGCUAAGGGAGGCGGUUCCCUAUGACUUUGGUGGCAUUGACGUCAUUGACGUGUUGACGUUGGCUCCUCCCAUCAAGAAAGAGUCCGAGAGCGGCCCAGAGGAGAAGAAACCAGACAGUACGACACAGUCUACCCUGUCAGGCCCUGAGGAGCCGUCACUCAGAAACGUUGUCACAGCCGCCGAGGACUUCAUCAAAGUCCUUGCUACCGUCUCUACCUCUCAAAGCUCCACUGCUGACUCUGAUAAAACAGAGACGCAAAGCUCAGAGAAGAAGAAGAGGAAGAACACGGGGAAGAAGAAGAAGACUAAAAAGCAGAAAGGAAAAGGUAAGGGGAGGAAGAGGAAGCAAAAAGCAGAGGCAGGUGUUAAACUGGAGGAAGGAGCUGCAGUUUCCACCUCCAGGAACAAAGCAGGCGACGGUAUUUCUCUGAGCAACUUCAUCAGUGAGUCGCACAAACACGCCCCAUCGAGUACAAACACAAAUGGUGUCGAAGACGGGGAAUAUGAGCCUGGAGAAAGAGAAGAGCCCUCCAAUGAAGUCAUGAAAGAUGAACCAGCAAUGGGAGAGCCUGUUUCCAUAACAACAACUGCAACAGAGGAGGAGAAACCAGCAGAGUCAGAGCCUGAGUCCACAGUACAAGUCCCCUCCCCUACAGGCAGGACAACAGUCGCUCCACAGAGAGCAAAAGUCAGAAAGUUGAGAAAAGAGAGGCGGAAAAAGGGCAAGAAAUUUCACUUCCCUGAGAACACAACAGACAACUCAAGAUCUACUCCUGUCUCUUCCAUCAUUGCCACAUCCCCAACAGCAAGACCCGAACAAAGCACCGAGAGUGACUCUGAGAAGCGACCCAUCUCCAGCACUGCCAGGACGGCUAUUGUAAUCCCUAAAGUCAAAAGAAACAGGUCAAAGGAGAGAGGAGACAAAGAAAGGAGGAAAAAAAGGAGAAAAGUCAGCCCAGCUUCUCCCAUUGUGACCAUCGCUCAUGAAAAUUCCUCUACGGACAAUCUGAAAGUGAUCCCUCUCACUCCCACAGCUCCCACUGCGCCCUUACUGCCCACAACAGAGCGACAGAUCUCACACAGGCUGCACUUUCAUGCGGUGCAGACAAGCUUCCAAGUCCCUGCCCUGAACUCCUCCUAUAGUGUUUUAAAAAGGCAGAAAUCAAAAGGAAGAGGGCUGAGGAGCAGGAGGAGGAAAACAGUUUUGCCUCUGCAGAGUGACUAUCCACUUUUUCACAACAGCUCGGACAUUCUGCUUCCAAUUCGUCUCGCUCUAAGGACGAGCAACGCUCUGGACAUCCCUGAAACUUCUACUACAGUUAUCAAGCCCAUAGAAGUGACAGAAACUCACAAUGAAUGGAGGCUUUUUCCUUUCACAGCGGCCCCUUCUAUCAUCGCAAAAACACACAAACAGACAUUCAGACACAGAAAGUCAAGUAAAAAAGCCUUGCCCCUUUCUCCAAGUGAUGGCAUGUCUUCGCCCAAACAAACUGAACAAACACCAACGACAUUUACAACCACGACAUCCAAAGUCACCGCUGCUAUAGAGCUACACCUGCAGAUGUCCGAGAACCACUUCAAGUCCACCUUAGCAACUCCCAUCAUGAGUCCGCUUCAGUUAUCUAUCGAGAAAGCAAAAGCGCAGUUCAUCAGGAAGAAGAGACGGAAAGCCGCGCUGUUUUCCCGACACCAGUGA